AAAGCGUGUGCAGUUUCUCUCAUCUCAUCAUUUCUACAGUAGUUUCUCAAACAACAACUCCUUCAACCCACUCUCUCUUCUGUAGAUUCCAAUGUCGACUUCAUCGGACAUUUCUGGUUUAUCCGGCAACAAACUGACAAAAUCAUCGGAGAAACCUACGUUUUCUCAAACUUGUAAUCUAUUGAGGCAAUACCUCAAGGAGAAGAAGGGUAGUUUCGAAGGCUUUAACCUUCACACUCCUGAAACAAAUGGGUCAUCACCUGGUUCAUCUUCUCACUCUGGAAUAACCAUGGAUUUAUUUCCCACAAACGUGACCCCGAAAAACCUUACAACUAUGGAUUUUUUCUUUCCAAGAGUUGUUAACCCAAUGGUUAAAGAGCCUGAAACAGCACAAUUGACAAUGUUUUAUAAUGGACAAGUUAUUGUGUUGGAUGAUUUUCCUGCUGAGAAAGUUGAGGAGCUAAAAUCAUUUGCUAGAACUCAGACUCAGCAUUCAGAUGUUCCUACUAUGAUCCCCCAACAACCUCCCUCACUAAUUGAUAUGCCAAUAGCUAGAAAAGCUUCACUUCGUCGAUUCAUGGAGAAGAGGAAAGAUAGAGUUUCUGUCUACUCACCAUAUCAAAGAAUCUGUCCUGACUCUGCUGCUCCAGAAAAGCAUGCUGAAUCCGCUCCAUGGCUUGUGUUAGGUGCUAAAUCAACGUAAAUAUUAGUAAAUAGUAUAAGAGAAAUCGCAGUGUUAAAUAGUUUAACCUUUUUUUUUUUUUUGUUUAUAUUUUUUAUUUUGAUCGGCCUCUUAAUUAGCUAGUUCUCAUUUUACAAUUUGUGCAGUUCCUAAGGGCUAAGACUAUGUAAUAGAUCUAACUUAGUUCUAUUAGCUAAAGUUGUAAUUAUGAUUUGAAUUAUUCCUGUAAUUAAUUUUUGUCAUUCUUAAAUUCAAUUUCUUUUGUA